CGAUCCAGAGGCGCCAAGUUCUCAGAUUCCGAAGUAGAAGUCUUUUGUGUCUGUACAGAAAGAGCUUCGGCCCUCUUCGAUCCCUUUCACUCAUCUCUGCAGACCCCUUACGGAGUCGGUGGUAGUCUCCCAACUGCCCCCGCGAUUUCUUUUCCCCCCUGGUGCGACAGUACACAGUGCAACCCAGAGGGGCGCCCUGGGGAGGCAGCUUUUAAAUUUGUCCCUACUCAUCCUAUCUCCAAAGAGUGACAGAAUCCAGGGGCGGCCCAUAGCUUUAAGUCAGGGAGAGUCUAGGAGCCCAUAGGUCCCCUUACUAAGGCCCAGAGCCUCCACCCCAUCCUUCCAAAGAAGACAAGAGAGUGCAGAUGCAAUCCACUUCAUUACUAUUAUGAUUACAAAUGCUAAUUUCUUGCUAUGGCGACCUUUUAAAUUUUCCCUGGAAAGAACUGUGCCAGGGAGACAGGCGUCUUGUUACAAAUAAGGGUAUCCAUCUCCUUUACGAUGCAAUAUUGACUUAUUAUUAAUACUAAUUGCUGUAAAUGAUCUAAAGAUAAUUUUUAAAAAACACCAGCCACUACUUUAAACACUAAGCGAAAAUAAAAGCUGGCCUUCAAGCUAUUGCAUUUUCCUCCCGAUUGCUUUGUAUCAGCUCUAAGGUCUUAAGGCACAUUCUCUGUCCUCUCUUACAGUAUUUUCAUUUUGCUCAAGUUUUUAAAUUCUGUAAAUCUAACAUAUUGACAAUUUUGGCCGCGAGGACUCAGUCUGAAGGCAGAAAUUCGAAAGAGAAAAAAAAAUAGAAUUUUGCGAGAAUAGAUUCCAUUUUUAAAUUGACAUGCACAAUUUUUUUUCUGCCUUUGAGUGAAGAUCCAUUUAAACCCUAAUUCAAUAUGAGACGACUUUGAGCUUGAAGCGAUAAGGCACUGAAAGAGAAAGACCCACACACAGAGAAGGGAGAGCUGUCUCUCCAACUUCACUGAAGACUUACCAGCUCAGUAAGGAAUUGCUUGUUUUUAGACUGGGUGUUUUCUUCGUGUAUAAAUAAAGAUUAUGAAAGGGCAUUUGAUGGGCAUAAAAUUCCUGAUUAGAUUGAACAACCCUUCCUUGCUUAGGAUUAGGAAAAUUGGGCAGUGGAAUUCUGGGCAGCUCUCCUGGCCGAGAUACAAGGCAACACAAUGCUAAAGCGCCAAGCUGGCGUCAGGGUGACUGCCGAGAACCGUGCAGCGGGCACUUUGUCCGGCCCUGGGCACAUUUAGCUGUAACUCAGAAUUUGAUCCCCACAAUGCGAAAAGGGAAAAUUUGAGGUGCUAAUCAGUGGCUGUUAGGUUUGAUCAGGAUCUUAGCAACCUGGAGGCAAAAGUGUUUUGUUUUUUUUCCCCCCUAUGCUUUACUUAACACCUCACACCCCCUCCCCAGCUUAAAAAUAGCCAGCCCUGUGGAAAGGUAAUGUUUAAGUCUCGGGCUUCACCACCGCGGUGCAGCAGCCAGAGCAGUUAAGAGGCGCCAGGCUUUUAACCUGACAAUGAUGUUGUAUUUGAACAGCUGCGUAAAGGUUUAAAAGGUCUGUCUCAUUGCCACCGUGGAGUUUUUUAAAAGGGGUUAUUGUUUGGGCGAGGGCACUGAGAGGGGACUAGCCAAUCGGUCCCAAGGCCGAAAAUAACGUUCAACGCCUGUUUUCACCAGGCCAGGAGAAAUUCCUUUAGGGGAGGGAGGGGGACAAAGGACUUUUGGGGGGAAUUGAAAUGUUUUUGUGAAGGAGCAACUAGGUCCCCCAGAUCGCUGAGGCUCUUUAAGGAGCAUUGAACCCCAAAGAAAUGUUCUGUUGAGGCGGAAACCAGAUUUAUCCACAAGUUCAGUCCCUGGGCCUGAAAUCCAAGGCCAGCCCAUUCCUGAGUGAGUGUGGAAGGGAACACAGUUGUCUCCUCCGACUGAGAACUGGUUCACGGUCAGUUUCCGGGUCCGUUUCACUUUCUUGACCGCCUGGGAAGGGGCCCGGAAGGCCGAAGGACAGCUCCCAUACACAGGCAGGGCCCCUGGUCCAGGGCAAGUCUUUGGAAAUCAAGGUUAAAGCUCCCCGCUGCUGUCCUAAAACCCCGGCUUCCGCAGGGCGCCUCGCCCGCCUGCAACCAGAGAAGGAGGAGGAAGUUGUUCAAGUUUCUCAUAAAACUCUGAGUUUCCAUGGUGGUGGUGGCAGUGGUUGCUUUUUAAUGAGCUGGACCACAACCCCAGACCAUAUCCUCUUUAUAAAACUUUCCCUCACCAGAGGAAACGGAAGACUGAGAUUCUCCCAUCUCGUUCCCCUUCUGGCCCAAGCAAAACCUUGUCAAAGAAUUUUAGGGAUUGUCCAAAACUAUAAAAUUUAACUUGUGACAAAAGUAUAGCUUUUAAUAUUUGACGAUUUGUGUUAAAACAAAAAUUGACCUUCUUGGUUAGUAGCGAAGAGGAAAAAUCAAUAGUAUAAUUUUCAAUAAUUCAUAAAGCGAACGCCAUUAUGCUAAAUCUUAACUAUUAAUCUUAUCCUUUACAAAGUCUCGAUUGAUUUGUUAAUAAAAUAUCUUCCCGUUUGUGGCAACAGCGGGUAUAACUCUUUAAAAACCUUCAGAAGCAAGAAAAUUACCAAGUAGCCCAAGAAUGUAGAUGAGAAUUUUAUUGAUCGCCCUGAUUCUUCUUAAUAUGUAUUAAUAAAUUCCACAACCUUUUGUACCUUGCACUUGUCAGAAACCAAUGCUUUUACAAAAUCCAUAAAAGGAAAACAUAUUUUUCUUUGCAGAAGACUCAAAUGACACCUCUGCUCUGCUCUCUCUUCGCUCUGGCCCGGUUUUCUAAAACUUGUGGAGUCCGAGGGUCAGAGUUUCCCCCUUUCUUUUGAAAAAAUAUUUUCUUGUGCCCUUCCUUCCUCCCUGUCUUGUAUUACGAGGGAAAGGAAAUCUCGGUUUAGCUGUCUCUGGGAGCCCGAGGGACGCUUUCCAGGAUAGGGAAUGGCUGGCGAAGGAUUAUCACCAAGCUGGAAGCUCCCAGCGGCCGGCCCCUCAAAGGUCAGGGUGUGGUUACUCUGAGAGUCUGGGCUCCAGGAGCUCGUGGGUGCCCAGGGGCCCCGAGUCCGGGCCAAAGGAUCGAGGAAGAGGGUAACUACGGGCUGGAACCAUCCUCCGGGCUCCGGAUCUGCCCAGCUGCGUGGCCUCUCGACCUUCGCGGCCUUUUUCCGCUAGGGCUUACCGCGACACCUUGGUCGUAUGUUUGCAGCGGAGAGUUUUUUUUUUCCUUUGGACCCCUAGGGAGGGACGUUUCAGAACCAGAGGAAUCGGACUCACCUUCCCAGCUGCCCAGUACUAAGUUAACCAGCCCGCGCCCCUACCCCUUGCUCGGAACCGGCCCUCUUGGGCGCGUUCUGCCUGGGUGUGUGCAGGGAAAACAGUUCGGUGAGCAGGCGCCCCCGCGCUCUGACUUCCCUCAGUGCGCGUGUCCUCCCGGAGGCCCCUCGGAUCAAGCCUUUCCUUCCGCCGGCGGGGCCCGGUGGCCGGGUAGGGGACUCGAGUGGGGGCAGGCAGGCCGGCCAAACAAGCCCCGGGAGACCGGCUGGCUGGCCAGCAGCAGAGCUCUGGGCCGGUUGUUUCCAGCGCGCACUAUCACCGGCGCUUAGUAGAUGUCGCUGUUGUCCGUGCUUACGCGGCCGGCCGGCCGGGCUCUGGAACACGUGACCUGCAAGGAGGCUGCGGCUCAAGGCCAUUUUCAAAUCUCAUUGGCUUGGUUGUCAUGUGGUCGGCAGAGGCAUCCACAAUUACACCGGGAAUGUUUUCCUAGAGAUGUCAGCCUACAAAGGACACAAUCUCUCUUCUUCAAAUUCCUCCCCAAAAUGUCCUUUCCCAACAGCUCUCCUGCUGCUAAUACUUUUUUAGUAGAUUCCUUGAUCAGUGCCUGCAGGAGUGACAGUUUUUAUUCGAGCAGCGCCAGCAUGUACAUGCCACCACCUAGCGCAGACAUGGGGACCUAUGGAAUGCAAACCUGUGGACUGCUCCCGUCUCUGGCCAAAAGAGAAGUGAACCACCAAAAUAUGGGUAUGAAUGUGCAUCCUUAUAUACCUCAAGUAGACAGUUGGACAGACCCGAACAGAUCCUGUCGGAUAGAGCAACCUGUUACACAGCAGGUCCCCACUUGCUCAUUCACCGCCAACAUUAAAGAAGAAUCCAAUUGCUGCAUGUAUUCUGAUAAGCGCAACAAACUCAUUUCUGCCGAGGUCCCUUCGUACCAGAGGCUGGUCCCUGAGUCCUGUCCCGUUGAGAACCCCGAGGUUCCUGUCCCUGGAUAUUUUAGACUGAGUCAGACCUACGCCACCGGGAAAACCCAAGAGUACAAUAACAGCCCCGAAGGCAGCUCCACUGUCAUGCUCCAGCUCAACCCUCGCGGCGCGGCCAAGCCGCAGCUCUCGGCUGCCCAGCUGCAGAUGGAAAAGAAGAUGAACGAAACCGCGAGCGGCCAGGAGCCCACCAAAGUCUCCCAAGUGGAGAGCCCCGAGGCCAAAGGCGGCCUUCCAGAAGAGAGGAGCUGCCUGGCUGAGGUCUCCGUGUCCAGUCCCGAAGUGCAGGAGAAGGAAAGCAAAGAGGAAAUCAAGUCUGAUACUCCAACCAGCAAUUGGCUCACUGCAAAGAGUGGCAGAAAGAAGAGGUGCCCUUACACUAAGCACCAAACGCUGGAAUUAGAAAAAGAGUUCUUGUUCAAUAUGUACCUCACCCGCGAGCGCCGCCUAGAGAUCAGUAAGAGCGUUAACCUCACCGACAGGCAGGUCAAGAUUUGGUUUCAAAACCGCCGAAUGAAACUCAAGAAGAUGAGCCGAGAGAAUCGAAUCCGAGAACUGACCGCCAACCUCACCUUUUCUUAGGUCUGAGGCCCCAAGUGAGGCCAGGAUCCGAGAGGGGGCACCGUGUUCCAGGCCUGAGUGCUGGAGGACUGGGAAGGCGGAAACAAAACCUUCAUGGCUCUUUGUGUUUUUUUUUUUUGUUUGUUUUGUUCUGUUCUGUUUUCCUGCUAGAAUGUGACUUUGGGGUCAUUCUGUUCGUGCUGCAAGUGAUCUGUAAUCCCUAUGAGUAUAUAUAUAUUAAAAAACCUAGCACGUGUAAUUUAUUUUUCCAUCGUAAUGCAGGGUAACUAUUACUGCGCAUUUUCAUUUGGGUCUUAACUUAUUGGAACUGUAGAACAUCCAUCCGACCAUCCACUCAUCCACCCAUCUAUCCAACCAGCAAUGUGACUUUUCCACGGUUUUCCUCACAUAAAAGUUCUCUGUGUGUGGGUUAGCCCAUGAACUCAUGUCAUUUUGAAAACAUCCAGUACUUUUAAAAAAUUACAUAUAUAUUUCAAACGAAUAAGAGAACCCACAAGCUUUGGGGGGGAGGGGGACUUUAAAAAGCACAUCACAAUGUAUCUUUUCACAAAUGAACUUAGCAAUUGUCCUUGGUGAAAUGGAGUAUUGAUGACGUAUGCCUUGUAGCCUUUCCCUCGUGGUGCAUCUGUGGUUUGAUAGAAGUACAACAGCAACCUGUGCUGUGCUCUCUGUGCAUGUUCUGACCGCAUGUAUAAUGCAAUAAACUCUGGAAAUGA